AACCAUUACCGCUUUGCCCUUCAUCCCGGUGACAACCCUUCCAACACCGCCGCGUCCAGCGGAAUGAUCCGCCGGCUGACUGGUAAGCAACGCGCCCACUGAUGCUGCACGGGUGAUUGAGUAGUUUAAGGCUGACUGUCACAUGCGUUGCUGAUUUUUUUUUCAGCUUCCUCGAUCUGGUUCGGUGCUAAAGGAAAACUACAGUUAAACAUCCGGGGAUUUAACAUAAUUAGACUGUCAUUAACGACGUUUGCGUUGGAUUUAAAUCUCGACAGCUGACGCUUGUACUCCAAGUCCCGUGAUGCACUCUGGCGACUCACUUCGGCACAGGCAGCGAGCCAGUCAGCAGCAGGUAAACAAACCUAUCUGAGAGAGAAACAAAGCGUCUGCGCUGCUUUGCCUCCCUGCAUUCGUAAUGAUGAAAAGGGCGACAGCAGAAACAGAGGUGCCUUUUGUCAUCGCGGGUUAAUCUGAACCUAAAGCAGGAUUGUGUUUGAGCGGCGACGUAGAGUCGACGGCCAAAAAAAAAAAAAAAAAAAAAACGGUGGUUCGUGCGUUUAACCUGCAGCAGAAGAGGAGAGGUUGGCGUCUUCGCAUGAUGCAUUGCAGUGCCUCGGAGAAAAUGGGUGAUUUUAGUCGUGUGCUCAGACUAGGUGGUCUGGUUAGAGAUGUGGGCUGGCUUCUUUAGCUACCGUGUAAGAUUAGACCCGUGCUGGACUCCAGACGCAGCGUCCCAUGUGGUGCAACAUGGGCCCCAUCAUGCAGGAGCGCACGGCUUCCACAACACUGAAGCGCGUCGUUUCCAAGGAGAAGAUACGAGUCAAGAAUACUGAAAACAGCGGCUCACUUGCCAGCUCAAAUAAAUAUAACAAGACCACGAAAGCAGUGAGCCAAAUGAAAAAUGGUCUCCCAGGACCAGAUCAGGAUAAGGACGCAACAGUCGGGAAGAGGGGCGCUAAGUCUAAAAGCGGCAGGAUGAAGUCUGGUGCGUCACAGAAUGCAAGCAAAAUUUCAAGUCCCGAAGAUGAGGGAGAUUUAAGACCUCAACUUCGCAAACAGUCAUCUGCACACAGGAAAGAGGAAAAACGAGAAAACCAGCGGCUGUCGCCGUGCGGCGCUGAGCUCCUCCCAAAUCGUCAGGGGAUGGGAAAAAGUCGCCGAGCCCUCUCUCUCCCUAUUUCUCCAAUAUCGGGGCUACGGCACCCGUCCCACUCCCUAUCGCACUCCCCAGCCCCAACCCCGGAAGCACUACAGCAGCACUACAAUCACAAAGAAGACUCUGACAGUGCCAGCGAUCUGUCAGACUCUGAGCGGCUGCCUGUUCUCCCCUCGCCGUGCACCCCGUGCACCCCUCCCCACCUCAACCUCCGGGCGGAGAUCAUUAACACCAACGACUUCCUCCCGGACUUUCCGGGCCCCCAUGGGACGGCGGGAGACGAAGCUGAGAGCGAGAAACCCACCUAUAGUUACUCCGAUUUCCUGCCUCCUCCCUUCAACUGCUGGAGCCUGAGACAGCUGGCGGUGUUCCUUCACACGGAGGGCCGCGGUGCCCCUCGGCCCAAGCCUGUGGGGCCCUUAGAGAAGUACCUGGAGAGGCUGCUGCAGCUAGAGUGGCUUCAAAUCCAAACAGUGCAAGCGGAGAGCAGCCGCCCCCCCGGGGGCCGCGCCAGGCCGCAGAGCUUCCCUACUUCCAUGGCUGCUCCCGCCGCCGCCAGGCCUCACACAGCCCCGUCGUCCCGACUGAACUCCCCCAAAGGCCUACGGCAAAGCUCGCGAGCCUUCCCAUGUACGCCUGUCAACAACCCGCCGUCGCCUGCCGCGGCCCAGCACCAGCCCUCGCGCUUUCCCGUUUGUCCGCACUGUCACAUCCGCUACCCGCUGUGCAACGGGAGCUGCUCUGCCUACGCCUACCAGCGGCACUCACGGCUCAGCCCGUUGCUGGAGCGCAAGGCGCGUCCAGGAGCGGCGGCGAAGAGGAGCAGCAGCGAGACCCGAGCUGCCUCCACCGAAGGUCGGAGCCCCGGAGCUCAAGGUGGAGGGGGAGGGGCCCGGACGCCCGUUAGCCCCCCGGCCGGGAGGAGUCAUCUCAGGCACAUGCAGGCUGCAGGCAAUGCCCGGAAGCAACACCAGGAGGCCGGCGCCGACCAGAAAGGCCGAGGGCAGACGAGGAAAAGCCGCGUCAGAGCCAACUCCGAGACGGAUGUGAAAAAGGAGCCCGGCGGGGUUAAAGGCGCAGCCGCCGAGAAACGGGGACACGCCGCCAGCAAGAGAGAGCUCAUCGCUUCCAAGAGAGAUGAGAGGGACUGUCAGAGGGCGGAGGCGGGCGGUCAGGCCUCUAAAACUGCCACGAAAAGAGCUGCGAAGGAGCCAGCGUGUCUCUCUAAAGCGCCACCUGGUAGCCACAGCAUUCCUAAGCAAAACGGCAAAACAAAAAAUGUGCACUUUGUUGCUAAGUAACCCCUAUAGGCCUGAAGUGUAGUGCUUUAGUUAGUGGUUACUUGGUGAAGAUUUCUAAACCUAUGCUUGCUUCGUGUAAAAUCGGUGUAAAACUAACAUGCUCUAACUCUUAUACCGCAGGAUAAACAGCCUUUAAACAGUAGACAUGGUCCGUCAUUCAGCAGCUAGUAGACAAAUAGGAUAAUACAGGUGCAUCCUGAUGAAUUCUAAAAUCAUCACAAAGUUGAUUUUUAUUUCAUUAAUUUUAUUCAAAAAUCUAAAACCUGUAUAGGUUAAUUACACAAACAUAUAUGGACAUUCCUGUGUCUGCUGAAGUUUUAAGGGUCUGGUGUCUUUCAUCUUCCUCCGCUCACAGUCCUCUCAAGGCUUCGACUACUCCUGUGGCUUGGGCAGCUUUUGCUACAACAUUUUUUCCUUCCACCCAAUUUUCCAUGAACCAACAUUGUCUUAACAGCCAGCUUCUUUAGCAGUGACCUUUUGUGGUUUACCGGCCCUGUGACGGUGGGCCAUAGCUUUCUGCUGGACAAGAGUCCCAUCAGUGGACAUUCCCAUGAUUGUGUAGUCCAUAACAUCUGUAAUGAAAUGCUAAUUUAUUAUCACUUAUAUUCAGAUUUUUUGAGAAAAUUAAUUUUGAAUUUUAAUUAGCUGUAAAUCAGAAUAUUCAAAGUUAACAGGGUUAGAGUUGAACAAUUUCGCUUUGUGUCUAAAAUCGUUGAGUUUCACUUAUUUAUUCAAGCUACUGAAAAAAAAACGAGCUUUUCAAUGAUAUUCAAAUUUCAUUGAGAUGCAUCUGUAUUUGUGGCAAUUAUUUAAAAUGUAGAAUUAAAUGCAUAACGCUGAGCUCUGCUUAGACACGAGCCUCAGUAUGAACACGGGGACAGCUGGGAUUAUACUCUGAAUUUUAAUGCACUGGACUGUCAUUGCUCAGUUCUCUACUAAUGGCAAAAUAGAGAUAAAAUUAACUAAAAAAAAAACCAGAUAUGAGCAUAAGUAAUGCAUAAUCGGUGUUUAACACAAGUCAAUACAUUUCAUAAAAUACUCAAGCUACUUUCGAUGUUUGAAUGUAUUUUAUUUUUUUAAUUGUUUCAGUUUUUUUAUUGUUUUGUGACUCGUGUUUUAAACGUUUCCGCGUCUCUUCAGCAGAAGGGGAGGCACCGGCUCGUGGUGUGACUUGUCUGAGACGUUGUGCUGUUUUGUUUAGUUUUUUUUUCCCCCAAUCAAUUUGGGAUUUUUUUUAUUUUUAAUUUUUUGUUUCCAAGGGCUUUGCGUCGUCGAACGGAUUGAAUUGUACUCUACGUUAACUUAAUGUAUUUUGAAUAGAGCUGAGCUCGUCUUGUCAUCGGAGGUGGUAAAUCGUUUGCUACGAAUGUAAAUGUGUAUUUUUCCAGAAUUUCUAUACCAUAGUUCUAUUUAUGAGACAUGUCGUUGUGGUCGACUUUUAUUUAUUAUUGUCAUUUACAUGUUUACAUUGUCACCAAAAAAAAAAAAAAAAAAAAAAAGCUAAACAAAAAAAAGCUGAUUUUUCUUGUAGGAGAGCUGAAUGUAACUUCUCUGGGGUCAUCCUUGAAUUGAGUUUUGAUUCAUGGAGGGUGGAAGGCUGUAACUGGGUGACGGUAUAAAGUCACCUCCACAUUCCGCGACAUAUAUAACGUCUGUUGAGCAUUGUUAAUAUUACGGCGCUUUAUCUGUUUUGUAGUUUGAUUUAAACGUUCAAAGCACUAAAUGAUGUAAAUGUGAUGAAUUCUGACUGCACUCACUAAGUAUAUAUUUAUGUAAACAGUCAAAGCCAUAGUGAAACGGGUGAGGACAGAUACAUAAUGUUACUGUGUACUCUAUACACGAUGAAGCACGCUGAAAGAUUGUGGUAUUUUUCUCAGUGUUGGAUGCGAGUAUUUGUAAGGCAUAGAAAUAAAUGUUUUGGACACAA